GUCUUCAACAAUUUAAGCUCAUUUUGAAGCUAAAAUACAGUUUACAGAUAGAAGAAGAUUUGUUUAUUUUUGUGGUAUAUAUAAUGGGUGGGUUUGAUCACCAUGGUUAUUCUAUAGUUGAAGAAUGGAUGUCUCCCAUUCCAAGUCCUAGAUUUUUCUCGUCUGUUCUGAAAGACGAUAUUCCUUUAGAAAAGAUUGAUGGCAAUCCCGGACACUUUGUGGGUUAUGAAGAAGAGUUAAACAAUGACAAAAAUGGUGCUCGAGUCACAGAAAAUGUUGACAAAUUGCACAAGACACGACGUGGAGGAGGACUUCUGGAAAGGAUAGCAGCUAGAGCUGGAUUUAAUGCUCCAAGAUUAAAUACAGAGAGUAUGAAGCCGUCUGAUCUUUCGAUAUCCCAAGAUGUUCGGUCUCCUUAUCUGAUGAUUCCUCCCGGUUUGAGUCCAACCACUCUUUUAGAGUCACCUGUUUUCCUCUCAAAUUCACUGGUUCAGCCUUCUCCAACUACAGGCAAGUUCUUAUUUGCAUCUAGUGGCAGUAACAACAAAAACUAUUCAUUUGGUGCUCAGGUUUCAGAUAAAAACAAGGAUGAUCAAUUCUUUGAGGAUUUUGGUUCUCAGCCGUUUUCAUUCAAACCUGUUGCGGAUUCUGGUUUUGAACACUUUCAUGGUGACCAAAACAGAUUAGAUCCAUUGAGUUAUCAUCAUCCAGAAUCGUUGUUUCAGGGUACUGAGAAUUCUUUGCGGCCUCCAAAUGGAGUUGAAUUUCAUAUUCCAAUGGAGUUUUGGAAACCAUCUAGUGAACAUGAUGGGUCUAGUAAGUCUAUCUUUCCCCAAUCAAAUACUAUUAUUGGUGCAGGUGCAAAAAUACCGUUGCCCAUUGAGGAGGAGGAUGAGGACGGUUACAAUUGGAGAAAAUAUGGACAGAAAGAAGUGAAGGGUAGCCAAUAUCCUCGGAGUUACUACAAGUGCACACAUCCUAAUUGUACUAUGAAGAAGAAGGUUGAAAGAUCACAUGAAGGGGUUGUUACGGAGGUCAUAUACAAAGGGUCGCACAGUCACACAGAACCUGUAACAGCUCCCAACCAAAAACCGGCGAUGAUCAGAUUGGACGAUCGAAAUGAUUCGAUGCAGUCUCUUCGUGAUAGCGACUCUACCCCAGAUUGGAAGAUGGAGGAUAAUCAUCUAGAAGCGAUGUCAGAAUUUCGAAAUGUGGCCAACAACUCUUUGCAGGCUCAAAAGGGCGCACGUCCCCUCGAUUCAAGCAUUACGGUAGUUGGGUCGUCUACCUUUUCUAAUGACGAGGAUGAAGACGACCAACAAGAAGAAUCUAAGACCUCAAAGAGGAGGAAAUUAGCUGAGGCAGCAACUUACACAACUGAAACGACGGGUGGUCCUACUACAAGAGCUGGUGCUGUUAGGGAGCCGAGAGUUGUAGUCCAGACCACAAGUGAAGUUGACAUCCUCGACGACGGCUACCGUUGGCGCAAGUAUGGACAGAAAGUCGUGAAAGGAAAUCCAAACCCGAGGAGUUACUAUAAAUGCACAAGUACAGGCUGCACGGUGAGGAAACAUGUUGAGAGGGCAUCAAAUGAUCUUCGAUCCGUUAUAACAACAUACGAGGGAAAGCACAACCACGACGUCCCGGCUGCUCGAAACAGCAGCCACAUUGCCAAUUCCUCCACAAGUUCCCUUCAUCAUCUUCACAGGAUCACAGACCACCCGUCUCAUGUUCAAAAUGAAAUGUCGAGGUUCCAUAAUAGACCAACAGCAGCCCCUCUUGGCUCAUAUGGGCUGGCUGGAAGGCAGAUGAUGGCUUCUUAUGGUAGUAUGAACCAGACAGGCAUUGGGAGUUUGGGUGCCAUGGGAAGCCAAGGAAAUAUGAUGCCAAUGUCUUAUAUUGGACAACAGAGUCAAAUGGGAUUGAUGAUGAUGCCCAAGGGAGAGCCCAAAUUGGAACCCAUCUCAGAUCAACAACAACCUGUCAAUUAUAAUAUCAAUUUCAACAAUAAUAAUAGUAUAGGCAAUAAUGGUUCAUCUAUUUAUCAUCAGAUCAUGAGUAGGCUACCACCCCUUGGUGGACCACAAAUGUAAAUCUUCCUUUCCUUUUUCUCUUUAGAGGAGGGAUACAGAAAGAAGAAAGAAACAAAGUUAUAUUAUUAAACCAGAUUUAUUUACAGGCUAUAUUUUUACAGGUUUAUCUUCUAUAGAUGACUUUCUUUUGUUUUUCAUGAUUUAAUCUAAAGCUCAAACAUAUUAUUUAUACA